AAUAGAAUUCAAGGAGAAACUGGUUGGAAAACCUUCGCCGAUAUUUUUGUUGUCUCUUACAUGUGGAAAAACAGUCUUUAGUUUAUGAAGUAUUUUGAAAGAAAAAGAAUAUCCACAAUUUCCUGAAUAUUUUGCUAACUCUUGGAUUUUCUCUUCUCCCUGGGAGGAAUAUAUGCAGGAGGAAGAGUAAUCUUGUAGAAAUCAGAGGUUCAUUGCACAAAACAAAACUUCCCUUUGGAAUAUCUGGGAAAAUAAAAGGCAAAAGUAUACAUAUUAUUAAUAACAGUUUUACUAUGGUUUUACGUAUUUAGUGUCAGCCCCUCACACCCUUCACCUAUGGUAUUUAAAUAUCCCCCAUUAGAUUUUUAUAGACAUAAAUGCUGAAGUGUGUGUAUGCAUGUAUGUAUAUCUUCACAAAUAUUUAUAAAUAUGCAUCUCACAGUCUCAUUUGCUGCUACUGUCAGCAAAUUGGAAUGGGUGCAUCAACCAUCGGUAGAAAAACCUUUCUCAGCAACAACCUUUCCCUGUCUUUAAGUGGCGAAAUGUGACUUUUGGAGCUGGUUAUUUGCAGGUCUGCUGGAAAUAAGCAAAAUGUUGCUUUGUUAGAACUUGGAGCCCCCUUUGGAAUUCUUAAAAAAAAAAACAAAAAACACUUGGCACAAGUUUCUAAGUAAUAGCACUGGGAUUUGUUGUCUGCUUGAAUCCAUCUUACAGCUUGUUCAGAUAAAACUACAGGAUUUCUGUCCUUUGUAGGCUCAUGAGUAGGCUACUGGUGCAGUGGUGGCUCCUUGAAUUUUAUUUCUUUUUUCUUUUUAAUAAGUAACAGUUACAUAUUCCAUAGGCCAGGAAAAUGAAAAUUUCUGUAAAACUGGAUAGAUUUUGCUGGUGGUUUUUGUUGUUGUUUGUUUGGGGUUUUUUUAAUAGGAAGUUCAGUACUCUUGCAGAAGACACAAGAGUGUACUGAGUCACAUCAAGGUCUAUGUAGCUCAGUAUUGAGUCUCCAGCGGGGCCCAAAAGUUGGUGCCUGGGGAGGAAUAGAAGAACAAGGCAUGUAGUGGUUUGUCCCUUGAGUGCUUUUUGAGCCUCCAAAUAUGUGCUGCUCAAACUUUUGGAAUGAUGAUUGUACUUUAAACAUAGAAAAUCGUAAUUAUCCGAAGCUUUUGGAUAAACAGGAUAGUUGUGAGAGCAGAAUUCCUUUCUCUGCUGAACCAAAUAACAUAUUCAGUUAAUGCCAAGGAUGUUUUCUCAGGAAAAAGGAGUUAUUUAUUUAUAUAUAUGUAUAUUUAAGAAUUGUUAAGGAAUGACUUUUUUUUUUUUUAAUUGAUUAACAACAACAAAAUCCAAAGUAGGAAGAGCAAAUUGAGAAGUUUAAAGAGAAACACGAUUUUGUUGCUGAAUUUCCCAAAUCCUCAAUGUGAAGAGGAAGACAGGUCAAAACAGGUCACGUCUGGGGACAGAUGAAAUAAGCUGUUUUCUAUUUCAGGAAAUUCAGGAAGAGAUGUGGGAGCUGUUUGAGCUUCAGAGGAUCUAACUGAUAACUCUGAAGAGGCAACAAAGUUUUUUUGUCCUCUUCUGUUGUACUCAAAUUUGCUCCCGCUGACAAAAACUAUUGCCUCCGUUUUAAGUGCUUCUCUGGGCAUGUCUGCUAACAUGGUUGUGAACUCUGUCUACAGUUAGACAAAUUUAAGGAUAGCCUUUGAAGUUUAAAGAAGGUGAUGUGCUAGAGGAGAGGUGUCUUCACAGCCUUUCUGGAAAUAAUAUAUGAAUAACUAUUUCUAGUUGUCAGUAGCACCUUUGACAGAUGCAUUUGGAUAAUACUUUUGUCUUGCUCUGUCUUAUGAGCUUCAAAAGGUUCUUAGUCAAGAACUGUACUUCCAUUUAUUUAUUUCUAGAAGUAAAGGCAAGAGGAAACUAUUCAUGGUUCCCAUUCUGGACUCAAAUUCAAACCUAACUUGUUCUGUCUUCUCUAUCUGCAAAAGAUGGCAGGCUUGAAAAAUCAGUAUAAAAGUGCUUGGUAUAAAUAAAGCUUAUAGUUCAUUUAAUAAUAGAAGGAACUAAUUCAAUCUCAUUUGAGUAUAAGACAAAAUAAGUGUCUGCAGAGGUUUAAUAAAGUAGUCAUCUACAAACAGAGAUGAUGAAUUCUCAGCAAUAAUAAUCAAAUGAUCAGUCUGAUGUAGUAUCUUGCAAGACACUACCUAGCCACAGAUAACCUCUGGACAUGUCGUCCCAAUCUGGCAAUUUUAGCAAAGUCUUAUAUAGCGUGAUACAUCUUCAAACCAUUUAAACAUUUUCUGCUUUCUUCAAUGUGUGGUAUAAAACAGCUCCCACCCACUUGACAUUGUAGACUAAAUGAUUCAGAUCAACUGGCUCUUGGUUGUGGAAAAAUCUGCCUGGAGGUCAGUCGUGGUUCAUCCCACAGGCAGCCACCCUUUUUUUCACUCUGCUUACCUUCAUCCUGCAUUUUUAAAUGAACACAGUAUCUUUCAUUUCAGCUGUGAUUGAUUAAAGGUCUUUGCAUAAAGACUUAUGCAAAGCACUUCUUUAUGUUCUGUGCAUGCAGUAGGCUGUUUGUGAAAGUUUGCUGGCCCCUGCUCCAUCCAGACUUUUGGUUUUUUGUAGAAGAGAUGACUGCAACUCGAAGGCCAGAACUGGGAAAUACUGAUGAGAGAGAACCUAGAGGAGACCGUCACUGCCACUCUGGUGCCAAAUUCUGAUGGGACCCUCAAAUAGCUCUGGCAAAGUGUUCUGUUUCUUUUGGACUUGAUGAAUGCUUGUUUCUGCAAAGACGCAUAAUUGUUUCUUCCUUUAUUUUGCUGCAAAAGUUACCAGGAGAAGCAGCUUAAAACCAAAUAUCACAAAGGAGAACCCCACCAGAAUGACCAGCAGUCACACAGACUGUCAUUACUGCCUGCAGUCUCUUCGUGGAAAGAAGUAUACAUUAAGAGAAGAAAACGCUUAUUGCGUUAGAUGUUAUGACAGCCUGUUUGCCAACCCCUGUGAAGAGUGCAAGCAACCUAUUGGGUGUGAUUCCAAGGAUCUGGCCUACAAAGGCCGCCACUGGCAUGAGAGGUGCUUCAAGUGUGCCAAAUGCAGUCGCUCGCUGGUGGAGAAACCUUUUGCUGCCAAAGAUGAGCUCUUACUGUGUACUGAAUGCUACUCUGAUGAGUAUUCAUCUAAGUGUUUCCACUGCCAGAAGACCAUCAUGCCUGGUUCCCGUAAAACGGAAUUUAAGGGAAGUUCCUGGCAUGAAUCCUGUUUUGUUUGCCAGUAUUGCCGGCAACCAUUGGGAACAAAACCGUUGAUCACCAAAGACAAUGAGAAUUACUGUGUGCCCUGUUUUGAGAAGCAAUUUGCUCACCAUUGCUAUUCUUGCAAAAAGGUAAUAACUUCUGGGGGAGUGACCUACCGUGACCAGCCUUGGCAUAAAGAAUGCUUUGUAUGUGCUGGGUGUAAAACCCAGCUGUCUGGACAAAAGUUUAUUUCCAAAGAUGAGAAUCCAUACUGUGUAGACUGUUUCAGCAACUUGUAUGCUAAGAAGUGUGCUGCUUGCAAGAAACCUAUUACAGCUCUUGGAAGUGCCAAAUUCGUCUCAUUUGAAGAGCGCCAGUGGCAUGGGGAAUGCUUUAACUGCACAAAAUGCUCCAUCUCACUGGUGGGCCGAGGAUUCCUCACUUGGCAGGAUGGUGUCUUUUGUCAUGAAUGUGGCUCUGCUUCAUAGUUCUGUGGAGAUCUGUACAGCUGCAUUAUUCUUGUUCUGUAACCAUGUACUUCAUUAUUGUACAGUAAGAAAAUCAUCUAAAAGGUGUAAGAAUUAUUCAGUCAUUCAAGUAACUUCCCAACGGCAGUUUGAUUCUAUCAUAGUUCUCAACUGCUUGUAAAAGAGGAAUUUGAACAGCCCCAUACUGGCUAAGAAAAUAAUGCAGAGAAGAUUCAUAUAUAUUUUAAAUCUAACUACAGCAUGUUUCUCCUUGUAACACACUGCACUCUGCUGUUAGAAGCUUACAAAUUCAUAUUUAAUCUCCCACGAAGCAAAGAGGAUUGUGAAAAGUCUAUAUGGCGUAUGAGUAAUGAUGAGGCAUUAGCACUGCUUCACGGAUGCAGACCUUGGUGUGGAAAGAUGAUGCAUUUUUUCCAUUGGAUUAUAUUGAUGAGAACAACUUGUAAAUAUCAACUUCCUUCAUACUUUGGGCAAAAAAGCUGCUGACAAAACAGGCAGAAAUUGGGAAGAGAGGUUACUUUUACACAGAGGGCCACUGAGUCAGAGAGGCCCAUUCCAGGGCCAGAAAAAGGAAAAAAAGGUCAUUUUCCUCACCUUACUGAGAUUGCUCCACAGAAACACAGAUUUUAGUCAUCAGAAAAAAGCUGAGAGGCAGGUCCUUUCCCACAAUUGGUUAACUGUACUUAAUUUUUCAGGCAUAACUGCUUUAGAACAUAAUAAACCCCUAUUUUGAGCUACUGUAACAGAUGAUUGGCCAAGAUUGCAUAGUGCUGAUUUACAGCUUGCCAUAGCUAAUAAACCUUAACAAUCUCUAUUUGUCAUCUUCACAAGACCUUCAAAUACAUGCAUAAAAUAUGUAUUUUUUUAUUAUUAGAGACAAAAGCCCACUCUUACUUGACCCUUUAAGCUUGUACUUUCCUCCUCUCAGAGCCCACACUGUUAGUGGCCUUACCACUUCCACCCUGCUAGGUCUUCGAUUCACAGCCUACCCCUUUUCUUGUAAAUGCCUGCUUUUCUAUAGCAGGCUAUAAGCUCUUCAGAACCAAUACCUGAUUCUUUUUGCCAUGUGCAAUGUGCAUUUGCCAAUAUUACGUCAAUAAGUGGUAAUGUUGUCAUGGCAAGCUAGGCAGUCCUUGCUUGCAGUACAAGGUAUGAGUUUCUAGGUAGCUGGCUUUGGGAAGGUUACAUCUGCUUGCUGAGCUUCAGUGCUCAAGUGUCUAUUAUUAAAGGUCAUCCAGAGCUAUGUUACAAGCAUUUGUCUUCUUACUUCAUCCAUAUUGUAUGUUACAAUGGCCUGAUUCAUGUUACAGUGUCUGUACCAGGCUGCCAUGAAUGGCGCAGUGAUAUUAAGGAUGAUAGAUUCUGCACUGCUCAGCAAUGUUUUAGUCCUCGUUAGACUCUGACCUUAAGUACAUAGAGCUAUUUGACUGACUUGAGUGGGCUUUAUUCAUACUGAAGCCAGCCAUCACUUUAGGCAGAAAAAUGGAAAAAAAAAAAAAAAAGAGGAAAAAAAAAAUAAAACAGGAAAAAAAAAAAAAAAA